CAGAGAGAGAGAGAGAGAGAGAGAGAGAGAGAGAGAGAGAGAGAGAGAGAGAGAGGUAGCCGUCUAGACCUGGUCUUUGUUUGUGUUUCUCGUCUCAGCCCACUUUAUUCCUGUUCAAAUUCGAUACUUUGCCCUGCCGUUUACUGAGAACGAGGCCCAGCGAGAGAAAGAGAGCUGGUUUCUUGGUUCAAAGGGCAGAGCAGCAGACAUAAUAGAGCUAAAGCCGAGAGAAAACAGGGCAGAAGGGAAGGAGGAAGGAGGAAGAAGAAGGCCCUCGCUAAUAUAAAAGCUUUCUCCUUCUCUAUCUCUCUGCUAUUUGCUUUCCCUUUCCCUUUCCCUUUUUUUUCCCUGCCUGCGACAUUGUCUCCUUGGCUACUUCAAAAGAAUCUUCAUCUCACUUCCACGCAUUAAAGCAGCUCGCUCUCCCUCUCUCCCUCUGUCUAUGUCUGUCCUCUCUUUCCCCUUCCUUGUCUAAUUGCACAGCAUAAACCACACUCAGCCCAUCAAAUCUACCUCUGAGAUUUCGGCUCCAUUGUAGUUUUCCUCCUUCUCAGUCCUCCCCACCAUUUCCACAACUGGAAACCCACAUAAACCCAUUUGUUCCGAAUUCCAGGCAAAGUUCUCUGCUUUGGGUCUUUUCUCGACUUGUCCAUUUGAUAUCAAAGGAAACCUGGACUACCCAUUUCUCCUUUUUUGGAUUGAAGUUUCCACCAACUUGUUUUGGUAGCUGUGAGAGAGUAAAGUUUGGAGAUUUCCCUGGCUGGUUGAUCCUCUCGAUUCACUGCAUUCUGCUGGGGGGAAGAACUAAUUCAAUUCUGGGGUUGUAAGAUUGUAGUUCUGUGCAUAAUCUGUUCUUCUGGCCAAUUUGGGGAGAGGGAAUAGAAAGCAUAAGCGAGAUAUAUGAAGUAGAGGUGAAAAAAUGAGGGAUGACAACUCCACCAAAAGCAAGUUCUCAUGGUCCAAGAAGAUGGUCCGGAAAUGGUUCAAUAUCAAGAGUAAAAACGAAGAGUUCCAAGCUGAUGAUGUUUAUGGAGGCGGCGAGGUCGAGUACCGGCCUAGCUUCUCCGAAAGGGAGCCUUCUACAAUUAAAAAGAGCAAAACAGGGUUUUUGCAGAGAAAUUCACCAAGAACACUGACCCGACCCGGCGGGCAAGAAUGAAUCUCGACCACCCGAGAAUCAUUGAUGUCCAGAACCACAGCAUCUUUGUUGCCACGUGGAAUGUCGCCGGCAGGUCACCGACGAGCAACUUGAGUCUCGAAGAUUGGCUUCACGCUUCUCCUCCUGCUGACAUCUACGUUCUUGGGUUUCAAGAGAUAGUCCCUCUUAAUGCUGGUAAUGUUCUUGGAGCAGAAGACAAUGGCCCAGCUAAAAAAUGGCUGGCUUUAAUUAGGAAGACACUAAACAAUCUCCCUGGAACGAGUGGCAGCAACAAUGGUGGUGGCUACUAUACUCCAUCACCAAUUCCUGAACCCAUAGUAGAAAUGGAUGCAGAUUUCGAGGGCUCAUCGAGGCAAAAGAACCCAUCUUUCUAUGCUCGAAGGUCAUUCCAGACUCCCAGCAGCUGGAGAAUGGAGAACGAUCCUUCGAUCCCACAGCCGAGGCUGGAGAGAAGGUUCAGUGUAUGUGAUAGGGUGAUAUUUGGUCACAGGCCAAGUGAUUAUGAUCAAAGCUCCCGAUGGGGAAGUCACCGGCCAAGUGAUUACUCUCACAGGCCGAGUGAUUAUUCUCACAGGCCGAGUGAUUACUCGAGGGCUAGCGAUUACUCAAGGCCUAGUGAUUACUCGAGAUGGGGGUCUUCUGAUGAUGAUAAUGGCCUUGGAGAUUCACCCAGUACUGUUUUGUACUCCCCAAUGUCAUCGUCUUAUGCUGCUUCAAGCGAGGAUGGCCAUAGGAGACCGGGGGGUCACUCCAGGUAUUGUCUUGUGGCGAGUAAGCAGAUGGUUGGUGUAUUCCUCACUAUCUGGGUGAGAAGUGAGUUGAGAGAUCAUGUUAAGAACAUGAAGGUUUCUUGCGUUGGAAGAGGGUUGAUGGGUUAUCUUGGAAAUAAGGGAUCAAUUUCAGUCAGCAUGUCAUUGCACCAAACCACCUUUUGCUUCAUUUGCAGUCAUUUGACUUCUGGACAGAAAGAAGGGGAUGAGCUAAGAAGGAAUGCAGACGUCAUGGAGAUUCUCAAGAAGACACGGUUUCCACGUGUUAACAGCGAAUGCAGUGACGCGAAGUCUCCAGAAACUAUCCUUGAGCAUGACCGGGUGAUUUGGCUCGGGGAUCUCAACUAUCGAAUCGCCCUAACCUAUCGAUCUGCUAAGGCACUUGUUGAGAUGCAGAACUGGAGGGCAUUGUUGGAGAAUGAUCAGCUGAGAAUAGAGCAAAGGAGAGGACGGGUGUUCAGGGGAUGGCGUGAAGGAAAAAUCUACUUCCCACCAACCUACAAGUACUCAACUAACUCGGACAGAUACGCAGGAGAUGAUAUGCACCCAAAAGAGAAACGUCGAACACCUGCUUGGUGUGACAGAAUUUUGUGGCAUGGAGAAGGCCUUCAGCAGUUGUCUUACGUCCGAGGCGAAUCUAGAUUCUCUGAUCACAGGCCAGUUUAUGGUAUAUUUUGGGCAGAGGUGGAGUCCACCCAUGACCGGUUGAAGAAAAGCACUAGUUAUUCUAGUUCCAGGAUUGAAGUAGAGGAGCUUUUACCUUACUCACAUGGCUACACAGAGUUGAACUUCUUUUGAAAGCGUCUGAGAUAGUUUAGAAUCCAUCUACCCUCCAUAUUCAGGCGGGAAUGAGUGACUUUCAACAUAUGUUUUCUUUUUCCUUGUUGUUGGCCUUGGAAUGAAGAGUAGUGAUGGAGACAUUCCGUUGCCCACUAACCGAAAAAAGGAGGUGUAAAUGUUCAUUGUAAUUUGGUCAGCUAACUCAGUCUCAGUCCAACUCAGUAGUUCACAAGCAAGCUUUAACUUUAAUAACUUAGUAGCAGUUUCUGGUAGGCCUCAAAUAGACAAAAAAGCAGCAGCACCUCUUCCUCCUCACUUUCCUGCCAAAGAGAAGUUCCAGAGUAAUCACUUUUUCUGAGAACUCAACCAUGGAUGAAGAGCAAUCAAGUGGGGGGAGAAUGGCAAGCAGUAGGGAGCUGACUAAUUUUUUAGGUAGAAUUCAUGAUGAUUCUUUCUUAGUUUAGGAGACAAAUUUUGAUUACUUAGAAAGAAGAAAAGAAAGAAAGUGAGAGAGAUCAGUGAAGAUAAAACAUUCCUGUAUUUUGUUCCUUUCUUCUGUUUUCUUUUCCUUUGCUUUUUGUUUUAAGUGAAGUGGAUUAUAUUAUAGAAAAAGAAGACAAAAUUUCUGACCUCA